AUGGGCAACGAGCCUCCAGUUAUCCCCACCCACACUGGCGCCGCGGCGAAGGCCUCUGCUGCCAUGCAAAACGAAUUCUUCGCUAGACAGGGCUCCCAGACUAAGUGGCUGCGCGCACCGUCAAGCGAAGACGGCAACGAUCGAGAGAGCGGCAUUGGAAUUGCCGUCAAUGUUCCUUCCAUCGAGGUAGAUGACGCCGAUGCUGCCGUGGCGCAACAGGACACGCGCAUCAGCAGACUGAACUUCAUUUCGAUGCUGCCUGCAGAGCUGGCGAUCCAUGUCCUGUCUUUCCUGGACGCGGCAGUCCUGACGAGGGCCUGCCGCGUCUGCCGCGACUGGCAAAGGAUCGUCGAAAACCAGCAUGUGUGGAGAGAGUCUUGCCUGCGCGAAAUGACAUCCACUUUUGCAACAAGCGGGCCGGUUCAGCCUGGGACUGGCUUGGGCAUCCCCUUGGCACUUCCCUCAAAUGACUGGAGGAAAAUCUACCAGGCUCGACAUGAACUGAACCUGCGAUGGAAGAGUGGCAAAGCCCGCCCGACCUAUCUCAACGGGCACUCGGACAGCAUCUACUGCCUGCAAUUUGAUGAGCACAAGAUAAUCUCCGGGUCCCGUGAUAAGACGAUUCGAGUCUGGGACAUGCACACGAUGAAGUGCAGGCUGGUGAUUGGGCCGCCAUCUGUCAUCAGCAGCGGCACGCUGUUGGCAGACUUUGAUGGGGUCUCGGUUCACUACGCCAUGGGCGCGGAGAACGUCCGAGUGGCAGAGGCACAUCCGCAGCUUGUGUCGUUCCCGGAGCACCACAUGGCCUCCAUUCUGUGUUUGCAAUACGACGACGAGAUCCUAGUGACGGGGUCGUCGGACUCGACAUGCAUCGUGUAUGACAUCAACAACAGCUAUCGGCCGAUUCGCCGGCUGCGCCACCACACUGCGGCCGUGCUCGAUCUCGCGUUUGACAAGAAGCACAUUGUCACUUGCAGCAAGGACAUCAGCAUCUGCGUCUGGGACCGGGCGACGGGAGCCCUGCUGCGCCAGCUGCGCGGACACACGGGCCCCGUCAAUGCCGUGCAGAUGCGCGGCAACACCAUCGUGUCCUGCUCGGGCGACUUCAAGGUCAAGCUCUGGAAUAUCGACACGGGGAAGAACAUCCGGGAGUUCGAGGGCCAUACUAAAGGAUUGGCUUGCUCGCAGUUCUCUGAGGACGGGCGAUACGUUGCGUCCGCAGGAAACGACAAGACCAUCCGCAUCUGGGACGCCAACACGGGCGAGUGCAUCAAGGAGAUGCGCGCCCACGACAACCUGGUUCGCAGCCUGCACAUUGACAGCGUGAGCGGGCGCCUCAUCAGCGGCAGCUACGACACCGACAUCAAAGUUUGGGACAUGGCGACGGGGCGCCAGAUGCUCGACUUUCCCCGUUGGCACGCCAGCUGGGUGCUCAGCGCCAAGAGCGACUAUAGGCGCAUAGUCAGUACUGGGCAGGAUCCCAAGAUCUUGAUCAUGGACUUUGGCGCAGACGUGGAGAACAUCGAGAUGCUCGAGGGCGGCGGCCCGGCGAGCGGCCCAUUUGGGCUACCCACGAGCCCGAAGGGUUUCAUCUGA